AUGGUCCGACCCCCCGACUGCCAGGCCUGCGCCCACGCGCAUCUCCAGUGUGAGGGGAAAGUCCCCUGCGCCCGCUGCAAACACCGCAAGCUAGCCUGCGUCGGUCAGCCGCGGACCUUUCGGUUUCGCAACGAAGGGCCCGGCCUGCAGCAGCGCUACCGCCCAUCCGUGCCUCUUGUCGUCUCCGCGACCGACUCGCCUCCCCGCGGCCCGCCCGCCCGCGGCCGCGAUGUGCAGUUCACUCCACUGCCGCUUCAUAUGGACGAGUCAAUUUCCCCGUCGCUGACCGUCACCACCGUCGCCGCCCAACAGACCCAUGUCUUUACGAAUUACGUCCUCACCGCGUUCCCCUGCUUCUUCAAAUGCACCGAAACCCGCGUCCCCGUCAACUGGGUCGAAUACGUCGACCGUCGCCGCGGCGCCAUGCACUCCUGCUUCGACUGGGCCAUCCGCGCCUGCACCCUGGCCUACACGGGCCAAUUCUACAACGUGCCCGAGUUCACUGACAUCGCACGCUCCUUCUACGUCCGCUCUCUCCGCGGGCUGGCCAGUCUAAUCACCGAUGAGACGACCGCCAAAACCGACGAGGCCCUCUCCACGGCCAUUGUGCUGGCCGUGUUUGAGAAACACCACUGCACCAGUCCCGACGCCUGGCUGACCCACGCCAGCGGCAUCCGCGCGCUGCUAAAACUGCGCGGGCCCCGCGCCCACCUCCACGGCUUCGGGCGGGCCAUGUACAUCGUCUACCGCCCGAUGCUGAUCGCCGCGGCCCUGAUCGAGGGGGAAGCCUGCUUCCUGGAACAGCCCGAAUGGCAAUCCCUCAACGAGGCGAUCUCGAACGACAACGCCAAACUGCCCGACUCAUCCCUCUACACGGACGUCGUGGACCGCGGUCUCCGCGAGAUCAUCAAAAUCCCCGGCUAUGUCAGUCGCGCGCGGGAUCUCCUCUCCUCCCCGGUCGCCCGACGGGCGAAACUUGAGCCCCCACUACUCCAAAGCGUGCAGGCCACCCGCGCCGCCCUGCGCGGGAUCUACACCGAGUUCGGCGUGUCGAUAUCGAUGCUCCGCGCCGGCCAGGCCCAGCCACGCGGGUUCAUCGGGCCCCUCCCGCAGUUCUUCUUCGAGGGGUACUCGGCGCACGUCACGCGGGGGGUGCGUUCUGCACUGCUGAUCCUGAACUGUCUCGUCAUCACCCUCGACCCGCCGCAGCGACCGACCCUGGAGAAGGAAUACCGCAUUCUGUCGGCGUCGCCGGCUUCCUCGGACGGUAGCUCGUCCCCUCCGUCUGACCGUGGGCCCACCACCCCGCCCAGCUCCCCAGGAAGCCCGCAUUUCGUCGUCGAGUCGCUGAUCACCCCGGAGUAUAAGCAGGGGCCGACGACAGAUUGGAUGGAUCAGCUGACGUCGAGCAUGGGGAUGGAUGGGGUGCGGGUGACGAUUGUUGACGAUUGA